GAAUUUUAGAACCCUUUCCCGUGCUGAGGCGCACUGAUGUACAGUAUAUAAACCAAAAGAACUUCCUGUCUGAUGAGGAAAUAAAACCUUAACUAGAAAUACCUACCCAUCUCUGCAUAUGUUAAUCACAUCCCACACACAGCUGGAGCUUUAGAAGAAAGGCUGGCACAAUGGCUGAAAAAUCAGCAAAACCAGCAAAACGGUUAUCCUCAGAAUCAAACUCCCAUGAGGGAGCUACGGCAGGAGAAAUAAGUGCUCUGGAAGAGGCCUUUAGAAAAUUUGCCGUCCAUGGUGAUACGAGAGCCACAGGAAAAGAAAUGCAUGGGAAGAACUGGUCAAAGCUAUGUAAGGACUGCAAUAUCAUAGAUGGGAAGAAUGUGACAACCACAGAUGUUGACAUCGUCUUCAGUAAAAUCAAGGGAAAGUCUGUAAGAACUAUUACUUUUGAGCAGUUUAAGGAAGCUCUUCAAGAACUCUCCAAGAAGCGAUUUAAAGGCAAAAGUGAUGAGGAAGCACUUCAAGAAAUGUAUAAACUAAUUGAAGGAAAAGGCCCAGGUUUAACUGGAGUAACGAAAACUGUUGCAUCUCCAACUGUUUCACGCCUUACAGAUACUUCAAAAUUCACGGGUUCUCACAAAGAGAGGUUUGAUGCCAGCGGGAAAGGAAAAGGCAGAGCUGGCCGAGAAGAUCUGGUGGAUAACUCAGGAUAUGUAUCUGGUUAUAAGCAUGCAGGCACAUACGAUCAUAAAGUACAAGGAAACAAGUAAGGCUGAGGGUUUACAACACAGAGGGGAAUAGAGUAUAUAUUUGUAAUGAUGAUGUUAUGAAUCCCACAUGUUUCAGUUAUUGUGAAUGUUGAGACUAUGUUGUCAAGAAGUUGUCUUCAGGAACUGGAACUGAUUUCAACAUCUGCUGAGCUACUUGCAGCACAAUGCCACUUCAUUACAUUCCUCAUGCAUAUAUUGGCAAAAAUAAAUAAAUAUGUAGGUAUAAAAAAUACAUUAUUUUGUUGAGCUUUAGGGAGAAAAAACCCAAACCAACAAACAACAAAGCCAAAGUCAAGAGAAGUUAUACCACACUUUGUCAAUUCAAGCAAAAUAUCUCCAACAUUCCUUGGUGUUCAGUUGCCCUGAUGAUGUCAAAGAGAAUCUCUUGAAAAGAGGAUCUUUUGUAGCAGUCUUUCUGAAGAAUAUCCCAUGACUUAUGCAGUUUAAUUUGACUGUUGUUUUAGGGUUUUUUUAAAUGUCUUAUAUGGGAUCUAGCACUUUUCUUAAAACAUUCAACAAUAAACUAUUGGGAAGUAAGUGGUAGUAGUAUACUAGGUUCUAACCUGUGAUUGUCAUAUACCACUCAUUGGAAAACUGAAAAAAAAAAGCUAUUUCUAGGACAAGAUAGGCUCUAAACUAUUUUGUGUCAACAGAAAGAGUUGGAAAAUACCUGCUCUUACUUUCCUCCUGUCUGUACUUUGUGCUUGUUCUUUUGUGUACUGUAGCAUGGUUCUGACUGGCUGGAUUUGGAUGGAGCUAUUGUACUAACUUGAGAGGUGAGGAACAAGACAUUACUAAGAAAGUAUAGUUAAGGAUUUUCACAGUCUGUUUUCAAGUUUGCACUGCCUCACAUUGGAAGUGAAGGGGGCAUUAAGCUAAUAAUGCUUUAAAAUAUUGUUUAUGACUUAACACUGCCAAUCAGAUUCCUAUUAAAUAAACAUUGUUUUGCACAUAUGUUGACACAUAGUCCCUUUAAGCUCUAACAUAUGUGAGGAAAGCUUAUGGCCCCUUGGAGUAAGGACAUUCACAAUUAAUACCUAUGUAAUUAGGUGCAAUUUUCCCGCCCAAAAAAAAAAAAAAAACAAACCAAAUCAUUAUAACUGGGAUACAUUUCAUGGUAGAUUCAUUUGAAUCCAAGGGAUUUGAUUAUCUGUUCACUUUUGCUACCAGACUUGGGAGUAAUAGUAUUGCUGGGGAUGGCUUUCCAAUGUUACCAGGAGAACCAGUCCCACAGGUUUAAGGUACAGGCAGCUGAGUGUGACCUAGCUGGGGUCCAGAAUGCCAAAAGAAAUUAAUUGGAAUAAAAAUAAUUUCUUUUUAAUAUUGGUUGAAAAGGAGAGAAAAGGUCGUUCCAAUUUUCUGCAAGAGGUGAACAAGUACCUUGAUGUAUUACUCUGUUUCUCUAAAGUUAUGAAAGCGCUAGGGUGUUCAGUAUUCAAAACCAGCUCUUAGCAGUUCUGCCUUGCUUUCUUUCAAAAAGAGCUUGUGCCCUGAUUUUCAUGCUAAACUCUUAAUAAAGGUUAAUAGAUGUAUUGCUCUCCCUCUGCCCAUACCAGCAUCCCACUGAGAGUACAUAAAUGUGGGUGAGCUGUCAUAUGCCUUGCAGGUGAACAGUCUGUAUUUGGCCAAUGUAUGGAAAGGGAGCACUGAUUUUCAGCCCUUAAACUGUUCAUGUUUUGUUUUGCUGACACUGUGUGGUAGCCUGUCCUGUAACUUUGUUUUCAGUGACCCUUUGAGCCCAUACAUCAGCCUAAAACAAAAACAACAAUAGCAAACAAAAGGCAAGGGCUUCCUUGUGGACUUGGGCAUCCUUUUGUUUGUUUUAUUUCAUUUUGAUGUUUGUUUUUAACUGGAAGGGAAAUUUGCCAAAACACAGAACAUGCUCCUAUAAAGAUUUAAAUUGCUUUUCCCAUGGAUGGCUUUGGAUACCUGUGAAGAGUUUAGGUGUAUGUAAAGAUGCUCAGGAUGCAAAGUGUUCAGCUUUGUGAACCCUUUCCAAGAAUUACCCAGUGUUCUUGAAGAGUGAAAGGUUAUCCACUGCUGUGUUGCACUGGGGACCUGUCAUACUCCAAAGCAGAAAAUGGGAUACUUGAUACCAACAGUGGCUAAAUUAUUCUUGCAUGGUAGUAAGCUGUCUAAAUGUAAAGAGCCCUCUUUGUCACUGGAGCCUGUGCACUACAUGGCUCCAGUGUAGUCCUGGUUUCUUUUAAUGAAUAAAAAGGCUGAGCCUACAGCCCUUGAUGAAUCCUUCCGCUGAGUUACAUGCAAAAUCAGUCCCUGUUUUUCCUUUUGACUUUAAGACUUGACUAAUAACUCACUGCUAACUGAAAAGUUCUGGACCCAGCCUCACUAAGGGGUGAAGUCCAGCCUACUGCAGAGUCCAGGAGCACACUGUUGACCUGGGUGUUUGUUGCUAGCUAUUGUCAUUACAUUGGGUGACACUUUGCUUUUAGGUACACAAAACACAGGCUUUCUCAGGUGCCCAAAUACAGAUUCUGUAAUGCCAGAAUGUUUCCGUACAGGAGGAGUGAUUUGUUAGGAAGAUUUUAAGAUAUUAUUAGGUUUUAAGCUCUUGAUUCAAAGUGAGAGAGAGAUCAGCACACUCAUAAAAAGGCAUGCAAGGGAAUGCAAGUGCAGACAGAUCCAAGCUAACACUGUGUAGAAAUUGAGUUAUAAGAGGCUGAUGGAACAAGCAGAGGUUCUGGCAGAGUUGGCAUGGCUUGUGCAGUAUAAAAUCCCUGUCAUGAACCAAAGCACUUUAUUUGUACCUGUUUCAAAAUUUGUAAUUCUUUCAAUGGCAUAGUAAGCUUGGGAUCAGAACCUGAGAAGAUGGUUCAGAUAGCAGUAUUUUAUUUUGAAGAACACACUUCUUUUUUUUCUUUGUUUCUACAGUCUGAUAGUUUUAAACCUCAAAGUGACACAUGAAGUCAUUCUGAUGUGACAGUUAAAAAGUUGUUGCUGGGAUGAUAGUACUUAGUAAAGGUUUUUCUCUUACUAUGCUUGGUGUGAAAGAUAAUGGCUAUGAAUAAAAGCAUCUUAUGCAGCUGUGUAUUAGGGUUUCAUUACCUACUUAAGCUCUUACUAUUCCACUAAUAUUGGUAGGAAAUUAAAAGCCUGAAUACUUGCUUGAUUAUUAGCUCUUAAGUUCCAGGCCUGCUUGGGAAUGAGGCAAAGUACAUUUUCUUACUCAUCUGCUAUUCCCUCAACUCUCAGGACAGUAAGUACAGCUUAUACCUCAAAGAUGACAGGAAGGGAUAGCUGAGGACGUGCCUGCCCCAUUUUCAGCCCUUAGGGUGUUGUUGAGCAUAUUCCCUUCCAAUGCACCAUGCUGCAGACUGUAACUAAAUGUCAUGUCUGAAGAAAGGACAUGGGAACCUAAUAAGGUUUACUGUCCUCUCAUUUUUGGGGGGCAUCUUAAUUGACUCCAUCUAAAUUUUCAGCUUAAUUUUCAGUAUCUUCCACUACGUAGCACUGUCUUAUGUGACAUCUUCUAUAAAACCCUGUUGUUCCUAGUUAUCUUUGUUUUCACUACUACAGUAGAUGCUACCAAAAGAAAUGUGAUCAGAAAGUCAGAUAGCUUUUAGAAAUAACUGCCUUAAAGAACAGACUCAAAUUUCAUUUAAAUACUGUGGCAGUACACAGUCCUUACCUGUGUUUCUACUGAAGCCUAACCUGACCAUUAAAAACUGACAAGACUGAGGGCACGAAACUAAAAUCCUUACUGAGGCAAAUGAAUAGUCAUUACAAAUAAUUUUCUAAAAAUAACAUCAUUUUUAAGUAAAAUAUGUAGCAGUCAAAAGGGAUUUUUGUAUUAGGACUUGUUUACUUAUUCUGUUUAGUCACGCCAUGAGCUUUAGUUGAGAGUUUUGCUGGGAGUUUUACAACCAUUAGUAUGGAAAUAUCAAAACCAAAAAUUAUUGUCCUGCUCUUUGUGGUUAUUAAAGCCAUCACAACAGCAUUACUGAGAAGCAGGCAUUAAAAAACACACAUAGUUUCAUGGGUCUUAUAUGAACAGUUGUAAUUAAUUGUAGUCAAAUAUUUGGAAUCCCAAGGGAAAUGUUGAAUAUUAGACUAUAACCAAAAUUUAGCCCCUAUUUUUAAAAACUAUAAUACUUCUUACCUCCUUUUCAUUUAGGGAAGGGAAAGGGAGAUUUGAAAACUACUUAAGUGUCACAGAUUGUGUUUUUCAUCAGCAUAGAGAUUGUCUUUCAAAGAUGUUUUGAAUUGAAGUAUGUAUUUUACUGACCUCGCGUAAACUAAAAAUUCUGACAAUUAAAUUAUGAAGUCUGACAAUUUUUCAGCAUUAUACAAAGCUUUGUUCACAAAGCACCAUCACUUUGUUCAUGAAGUCAUCCUUCUUUUCCCCUCUGUUGGCUCAAUUAAUAUUUUUAUAGUAGCUGGAAUAAAGCAGAACAAAAAGGCAAAUGACUACUAUGGGUUUGACUUGCAAGUGAUAGGUAUCCCAGCCAUCUGUAACCAUCUGUAGAGAAAAUCCUCAUGUAUAUUCCUCCAAAACCAAAACUUUAAAGUUGUAAUUGAUAGGUUUUUUCCUUAAGACUUUUCAUAGUUAUGAAAUGAAUUUUAAUUCUUUGUGCCUGCAUGUAUGAUAGUCAAAACAUAACCCUGCCUUCAGGUUUGCAUGUAUUCUGGGGGCACAUGCCUGUCAUCUGUGACUAAGAAUUCUUGUUUGUACUGGCCAAGAGCAAACCUUCUACCUUCAUGAUAGAGCAGAUGUAAUGUUGCACUGGUAUAUGUCCUCUUAACUGACUUGCAUAUGUGCCAAAAUAACUACACCUUUGUGUAUGUUGUUUGUAGUGUGAAUAUUAUGUUCUUGGCUUGUUACUUAGUUGGUAUUAAGUAAUGUAAUGCACAAGACUUGUGUAGGUUUGUGUGUGUGUAGACAUGCUCUUUGGAUCCAGCUUAAGUAAUUAAACUGUAUAAAUGUUGAUGAAAAACUUAAAUCUUAUUAGGGCCAAGCUCUAGUCCUGCAGCCAGUGCUAUUCAGCUUGGCUGGUUGGGGGUGUUGUCGUUCUCCCUUCAUACCAUAAAGGUAAGAUCUAAGGAGGCUUUUAUGGUUUUACCUGUCCACCCUGUUCUGAGAGAGCUCACUCUUCAGCAAUUCUAACAUACUUAGUGUGACAAGAGGAGUUUCUGCAUGGUGAGGAAGUAGGAGAGAGAGAAAGAGCAAGCAAGCUUUCCUCUGAGUGCUCUUCAGGAACCAUGUAAAACUAUGCUCUGCAUGGGCUCUUUGCCCCAGCUUUGUGAAGCAAGGUGACACUCACUGCAUAAACACAGAGUUGUUCAUCAUCUGUUAGUAAGUGUAAAGCUGUGGUACAGUGAGAUGGGAACAGGGAACAGGAGUGUCAUACAUUGCCUAUGGACUCAAGUGUUGCUUGAACCUUUAUAUGAUUAAAUACCAAAAGCAUAAUGACAGCUCUUAAACUUGUGUGGAAUUCUUAAAGUCUGGAGUACCUCAAAUUAAUACAUGUGUACCUCCUGUAUUUGGAGUGUUUGCCCAUAAAAUAACAUUUAACAUUCAGUUGCUCAUUUUGUGCAACCCCAAAGUGCCCAUUUGGCUUACUUAAUAUUACAGUCAGGGUUGUUCUUUUCAAGUCUUCAGAAUCCUAGAACUACUAAGAAACCUAUAGUAGUUGCAUUCAUGCUGGCUCAUUAAACUCAAAGCCAAUGCUUUGAAUGACAUCCCAGCUAAGAAUAAUGCUUCUAGGAGUAAAAGAAUACUGCAGAUAGAACCUCCAUGUCUUAAUUGUCCAAGUAAUUUAUUCUUGCAGGGAAAAAUAUCUGUUAAUCUAUUUGGUAUUUUUUUCAUGUUUUUCAGUAUAUUAACCUUGGUAUAUUGCUUUAAAAACCCUAUGGAGAAGGUGGAUUUCAAAACAAGUUUAAGAUACAGCUCUUGACUUUGUUGUCAGAAAACACUUGAAUUGGCUUAUUUCAUUCAAACUAAUUGAUCAUCCACUCAGGGUAGACUUUGGCAAGAAUAAGCCUGAUCAUAAACAAAAGGGGGGGAAAUCAAGCCUCUUGGCUGAGCAUUCUUGACACACAUUUUCAGUUCUGGUAGUCUGAAACAAUUUUUUUUUAAAGAAGUUAUCUUUUGUAUUCAUGCACAUGCACACGUGCAUGCACACCGGCACAGCUUGGGGACAUGGAUCUACAUGAGGGCAAAACUACAGAAGAGACUUUUUUGUUUCCCUUUAAACCUUGCAUUUAGAAAUUGACAUUGAAAUGCCCAACUGACUAACCUGGUUUGUAAAAAUGAUAAGUUACUACCAUAUUCCAUUGCAGCUAAAUAGCCAGGGAAUUAAUUUUCAAUUACAUAUAUAAAGCAUGUCUUUUUUGUGAGUUACUCUAAAACUUACGGCACUGUGCUAAGUGAGUUUUGAUGUAAACAUUUGCAAAGACCUCAAUGAUAAUGCUCUUGUUAAUUUGCCCUUACCUCCAGUUAUCUUUAUGCAAAGUUUUUCUACAACUUUGCACAUUUUUCAGAAAGCAUCAGAAACAUGAGUAAAGUUACACUCUACUAAAUUAAAAAUGUGGCCCUAAAAAUACACUCAGUUCAUCCAUCUUUGCAUUGUGAUCAGGAGCUACAUUAUAGAUGAACAACAAAAUAAGAAAAAAAGAUGGCACUAUGAAUCCCCACAGUGGUAAAUUAUUUUAAGUUCCAGUUUACAUCAGAUGAGUUUCUGUAUACUUGCAUUUGCUCAAAUGCUAUUUUUAAACAAAGUAAUUAAAUAAUGUGAAAUAAUGCAGCCUGGGCUCUGUUAAAUAGGGUUCUAUUAAUGCAACUGAAAUGCUGUGUAUGUCUGUAAUAUUCAAGCUAAGUAUGUACUAGAUCUUUACAAAGGCUUUGUGUAAAGUCAGUUAACCUACAAACUGAUGUCCUGUAUAAAAUCAUGUUGGCAAGCUACUUUUGUAAGCCCUGUAGUGUAUGAAAAGGUAAGAUCAUAGGCAAAAACAAGUUAUAGGGUGCAAAAAAGUGUUUAUUUUUAAUCUUUGUGCUGGGUUCAAAAUAUAUCAGCUUUGGCAAAUUCUUGCAGCAGGGAAAUUUUUUUGUAUAAUGCUUAUAAAACAAAGUAAUUUGUCUUUACAUUCUAUAAAGCAGAGAAAUUGUCAAUGUUGGAUAAGUAUAUUGAAGUUUAUUCUUAGCAAGGUGUGAUGUUUCACAGAUUUAAAUAUUAGAGGAGAAAUAUAUAUUUAUACAGAAGUAUAAUUUUUGAAUGAGAUUGAUUUUGUUCAGUCAUGAACGAUUUAUUUAUCCACAUUAUGCUUUAUUCCUUUGCUAGCAUGUUUAUCACUCCAUGCUGUUCCAAAAUCCAUUUCUAAUUUGAUUUAGAUGUUUUGAUUCGUCAUUUGCUCAAAUCUGGAUGUGCAUGCUGUCAGGACCUGAUCAUAAAGGGUGAAGGCAAAACUUUGUUUUGUCUUUGAUUACCUAGAGCACUAAUUAAAAUUUAAUCAUUAAGCAGUUGGGAUAUGGAGAUAGGUCUUGACAUAGUCUUCCUUGGAGCACUGUACACUAUGAUAAAAACCUUCAGUGAAGCUUACUAGUUUUUGUUCUUCUUUUCAUUUGUCUUUCAUCAACCAGGAAGCUGCUAUGUGCUAAUAAUUACCUGCAAUAUUUAUAAUUGCAGGCAUUGCAAACAUUAACAUGCAGCUGUACUAGCCUACUGUGUUCACUGUGAAGUUUUCAACAUGGUAAAAAAUUUUACAUGAUCAUUUAACCUUACAAGUUUACUUUUUCUCACCAAUUUAACACUGAAUCUUCUUUUCAUUAUUGCAAAUUGACAACUUGAACAUUUCUAAAUCUUAAGUAUAGUAGAAAAACAUGUCCUAAGAAAAGAUUUUUAACCGCUUGAUGAAGGGGGCCAGGCACCAUCCAGUGCAAAGCACGCUGGGCAAAAUCUUAUCUCCACUGCAGCCAGUUGCAAAAUUCUAGCUGGUGUUGGCAAAAAUAGAACCACCAUUACCAAGGGGUUAAUAUGCAUAGUAACCAUGGCAAGAGGUUAUGGGGGAGCACAACAGUGAUUCUCUUAUUUCCAUGUCUUUUUUUCUGUUAAUUUAAAACUACUACUCUUCAAUCUUUAAAAUAAGUAAAAGAAACUUGAAGGGGGGAUCAUAUACUACUAGUUUGUACUAGGUUUUUUUCAGGAAAAGGAAACAAAUUUAUAUAUACAUAUAUAUAUAUAUAUGCAAUAUAUUUUUACACUGUUUAUUAAUGCUAGAAAGUAUUAAAUGUAUCACUUUAUCUGUGUGAAUGUUAAAGUAAUGACAAUGUUACAGAUGUUUUAAACCUUUUGAAGUUGUCUUGUUAAAUUCUAAACCCACAUUAACAAUGGAAAAACUACUUUGUCUGCAACAUUAUUGUUGAUGUUUUAGGGGAAAAGUUCAAGUGCAGCAGUUGUUUUGAUUAGCACUGUAAAAGCUUGGCUUGACAAGUUACAGUGAAAUCCAUAUUUUAAACACUAUUUUGUUAAAGCAUAGCUUCUCCUAAAGUACAUUACUGCUGUUGACUGACUGUAUAAAAUUGUAUUUUUAGUUGGUAAAGUGAUCAAUAAAUGUGUUACUACAUCAGUUCUGGAA